AGCAGCUGCCUCUGACCAGGGCUGCCAAAGUGCGCCUGCGAUUAGAUAUCAUUAAUAAGUCAGAUCAGAUUUCCUUUACAGGGAUUCAAACCCACAUUCCUUUACAGGAAGAGACUACAAAUUAUUACAGGAUGGGUAAUACCCAGAGCACUCCUCUAUCUCUCCUUACGAGUAAUUUCAAAGAAGUUAGAGCAAGGGGCCAUGAUCUUGGUAUAGAAAUCAGGAAAGGAAAGCUAAUUACUCUGUGUCGCUCCGAAUGGCCUGCCUUUGAUGUGGGGUGGCCGCCCGAAGGGACCUUCCGACUUGCUGUCAUCACUAGGGUAAAGUCCAAGAUUUUCCUACCUGGGCGUGCGGGCCACUUAGAUCAAGUCCCAUAUAUCCUCAUAUGGCAGGACCUUGUUGAGAACCCGCCUCCUUGGCUGUCCCCUUUCCAAUUGGCCUCUGAACCCUGUAAGGCACUGGUUGCUCGACCACUAAAAUCCAAGCAACCAACUGCCCCACCCCCAUCCUGUUCUACCUGACAGUGGGGACCCACUGUUCACAGAACCCCCUCCGUACCCCUCCGGGCCCCAGGCCCCAGCCCCCCUGGCUGAGCUGCGGGAGGGAGCAGGCGGACGGGAGGCGGCCGGCACACACGGGCCCGCUGAAAGGGAAAGUAACUUUGAAGGGCCGGCGGGGAGGAUGCGAGGGCACACUUCGCGGACUAGCCCCCCUCAGCUGCCUGACUCCACGGUGGCUUUACCCCUUUGGGAAAUAGGACCCCCAGAUGACACAGGAAUCCCCAGGCUCCAGUACUGGCCAUUCUCCACCAGUGAUCUGUAUAACUGGAAAACUCAGAGUGCUCGGUUUUCAGACAACCCCAAAGAUUUACUGGCUUUACUAGAUAGUGUCAUGUUCACCCACCAGCCCACUUGGGAUGAUUGUCAGCAGCUCCUCCGAAUUUUGUUCACCACAGAAGAGCGAGAGAGAAUACAGAUAGAAGCUAGAAAGCUGGUCCCGGGGGACGACGGUCAACCGACUGCCAACCCCGACCUCAUAAACACAACCUUUCAUCUGACCAGGCCGGCGUGGGACUACAACACGGCAGAAGCCUUACAGAAAAUUCACCAAGAAAUCUGGCCCAAGCUGAAAGAGCUAUAUGAGACCAGUCCCCCACCGACACCCAAUCCGUACCAGCCGGGAGACUGGGUCCUGGUUAAGCGACACGGACAAGAGACCCUAGAGCCCAGGUGGAAAGGACCACUCCAAGUACUCCUGACCACACCCACCGCCCUGAAGGUAGAAGGCAUUGCGUCGUGGAUCCACUACACCCACGUCAAGCCAGUGGACCCAACCUCCGACCUUCUGGGGCCAAUCACGGCGGCGGCUGAAGCACCGGACACGUGGACUGUGGACAGAGCUAAGAACAACCCCUUAAAACUCACCCUGCGCCGGCAGCAUAGCUCACUGCAAACAUGCAGUUAGGUAGUCUAACUCUAACAUUGGUCGCCCUAGUGGCCGCUGGGAAAAACGUAAAGCCAGCUCCUAAUCCCUUUGUCUAGAGAUUCUGGCUUUAUGAAAACCAAACCCACCCUGGGCAACCUCAUAAGCCCGGGAAACUAGUGGCCAGUGCAGAUUGCCCCUCUUCAGGGUGCAAUAGCCCAAUUUUACUAAAUUUUACCAAUUUCCCAGUAGCCAAACCAGUGGCACCAAUAAUAUGCUUCGAGUAUGAUCAGACUGAAUACAAUUGUAAGCACUAUUGGUGGCACCAAAGUGCCGGCUGCCCUUAUAACUAUUGUAACAUCCAUAAAUACCAAUGGUGGGGUGGAAAAGAACAGAUAGAUCCCAGAUGGCCCUUCCAUCGCAGACGAGAUAGAGACCUUUCAUAUACAUGGAUAGUUAGAGACCCCUGGAACUCCCGCUGGACCACGCCUCAACACGGGGCUGUAUACUACUCCUCCGCCUCCACAUGGCCUAGCAGUCACCUCUAUCUGUGGCGGGGUCUAGUGCAGGUACGGCCCCUGGUCCAUGGAAAUAUCCAGCGACAAGAAAACCGCCUGACACAAGAUUUACGUCCUUUUUCCUGGUUAAAAUUAUUGCAAGAAGGAUUAGAACUUGCCAACCUUACAGGACUUCACAGCCUGUCUGGCUGCUUUCUGUGUGCCACUCUAGGGCGUCCACCGCUAACCGCUGUCCCCCUGCCAUGGGGAUCCUCCACCUCUGCCCAAGCUAACAACCACUGAAACCUCUCAUAUGCCCCUAUCCCUAACGUGCCACUAUACCUAAACCCCAGUCAAGAAAAGUUUCCCUACUGUUUCUCAGGAACUAAUUCCAGCCUCUGCAGCAUCACUGCAACGCCCCCUAAUAUCACCUUAAGGGCUCUGUCAGGCAUAUUCUUCUGGUGUAAUGGAACAUUAUCUAAAAACCUAUCAAGCCCCUCUGUUACCAACCUACUGUGUCUUCCUAUCCCAUUAGUUCCCCGGUUAACUCUACUUACUGCUGGCGAGUUCCUAGGGUAUACCGGUAACUGGACUAGUGCUGUUAUUCACCCAGACCCUAGACCGAGACCUGCACGAGCCAUAUUUCUCCCCCUCAUUGCAGGAAUCUCCCUCACCGCAUCCUUCAUGGCGGCCGGACUGGCUGGGGGAGCCCGAGGUCACACCCUCAUAGAAAGUAACAAGCUGUACCAACAAUUUGCCAUUGCUAUGGAGGAGUCAGCUGAGUCCCUUGCCUCCCUCCAGUGGCAGCUCACGUCCCUAGCACAGGUAACCUUGCAGAACCGGAGGGCCUUAGACCUACUCACUGCUGAAAAAGGGGGUACGUGUAUGUUUCUAAAGGAAGACUUGUUUCUACAUAAAUGAAUCAGGGCUUGUGGAAGACCGGGUCCAACAGUUAUGCAAGUUAAGCACAGAAGUAAGAACACGGCAGUUUGCUUCAGCUGCAGACCAAUGGUGGAACUCAUCUAUGUUUUCUCUGUUAGCCCCCUUCCUUGGACCCCUGCUGAGUCUACUAUUUCUGCUUCCCGUAGGACCUUGUGUUGUUAACAGAAUUUUGCGGUUCGUUAGAGAAAGGUUUGACACUGUACAACUCAUGGUCCUCAGAGCCCAAUACCAACCUAUAAACGCUGAAACAGAAUCAGACUUAUAAGACCCAAGAUUGGCUCUAAAAAUACCUGAAAAGAAAGGGGGGGAAUGAAAAGAGCCGGGCACAUUCCUCAGCCCCGGGCUCAAAACAAACAAGCCCAGUACAAACACAUCCCAUCCUCCCAUCCCACCACAUAUCACCAUAUAUCUCUCAAACUUCCUGAGCCCAGUACAAACACCACCAGGAAAGUCUCCGAUAAGGGGACAGCCGUUCAAAGUUUUACUGAAAGAGCGGGAACCAAAAGAAUUCCUUUGUUCCCCUGUAACUUUCAGGCUAUAAAAAGCAAACACUCGCAUUGUUCAGGGCCCUCUUGUAUGCUGUGGAAUGGAGGGACCAGGUUCGAACUUGUAGUAAAGAUCCUUGCCGCUUGGCUUUGACUCUGGACUCUGGUGGUCUUCUUUGGGGAACUAACGGUCUGGGCAUAACAAACUCUUGAAGUAAAUAAAUAAUCUUUGCUGGCAGGACUGCUGAAUCUCCUUAGGCACUCUCUAAUCAGAUAUCCUGAGUCGUCCCAAUUCUUAGACCUUUUAUAUUUGUUUUUCUCCUUCUGUUAUUCCUUUUAGUUUCUCAAUUCAUCCAAAACCAUAUCCAGGCCAUCACCAAUCAUUCUAUACGACAAAUGUUUCUUCUAACAUCCCCACAAUAUCACCCCUUACCACAAGACCUCCCUUCAGCUUAAUCUCUCCCACUCUAGGUUCCCACGCCGCCCCAAUCCCGCUUGAAGCAGCCCUGAGAAACAUCACCCAUUCUCUCUCCAUACCACCCCCCCAAAAUUUUCACUGCCCCAACAGUUCAACACUAUUUUAUUUUUCUUAUUAAUAUAAGAAGGCAGGAAUGUCAGGCCUCUGAGCCCAAGCCAAGCCAUCGCAUCCCCUGUGACUUGCACGUAUACACCCCGAUGGCCUGAAGUAACUGAAGAAUCACAAAAGAAGUGAAUAUGCCCUGCCUCACCUUAACUGAUGACAUUCCACCACAAAAGAAGUGUAAAUGGCCGGUCCUUGCCUUAACUGAUGACAUUACCUUGUGAAAGUCCUUUUCCUGGCUCAUCCUGGCUCAAAAAGCAUCCCCACUGAGCACCUUGCGACCCCCACUCCUGCCCGCCAGAGAACAAACCCCCUUUGACUGUAAUUUUCCUUUACCUACCCAAAUCCUAUAAAGUGGCCCCACCCUUAUCUCCCUUCGCUGACUCUCUUUUCGGACUCAGCCUGCCUGCGCCCAGGUGAAAUAAACAGCCAUGUUGCUCACACAAAGCCUGUUUAGUGGUCUCUUCACACGGACGCGCAUGAAAGCAACUAGUGUCAUAAGUCCUAGACUUAGGUCUGGAACAGUGUUAUUCUCAGUGUAUUCCAUCAGCCAAAGCAUUCGCAGACCCAGAUUCAAGUGGAUAAAUAUUCUCAGACAUAUACUGGAGAAGAGAGCUAGUGAGUUUGUGGUGUUCUUAAUCUAUCAUAUCAUCCCUUCCCACUGUUUGCUAGUGAACUUAGAUAUCAUUGGUAUUCCUGGUCAGACAUGGGCUAAGUCCACUCUCAUAAGCAGAACUCAGUCAAAGCAGAAUAGGUCAGAAGGUGAGUAUAAUAUCAAACUAUCUCUUGUAGUGCCUUGAACUGGAGGAAAUCCAGAUAAUGUAACACUGGGAGCAGGGUAGCCUAAUAGCUAGAACAACUCAGCAACUUGGGGCUGGAAAUUAGAGCCAGAAUGUUAUUCCUUCACUACUGAGUGCCUACCUAUUAGGUGCCAGUUAUUACUAGACACAAGGGUGAGAUACUUGUUCUCUUAGAUCCCUCAAUCUGUUGAAGAUGAACAAUUAAUGGAUGAUGGAUGAAUGUUUAAUCUAUAAAAUGUGUCUGAUUUGGCAGAGAGUGAAAAUCUAAUGGUGGCUGGGAAGGAUGCUCUGUGGAGUGGACAUUAAUCUGAUUACCCGAAUGGUACAAAGAAGCCAAGGUUGGAAGGAAGCACCUUCUAGGAAGAGAGUGCAGCAAGUGCAAAGUAGAAGGAACAAGAUGGAAGUCAGUGUGUUUUGGAGGAUCAUGAAUGAUGAGUUGCAGGAAGUGAAAACAGAGGGAGAGAGAAGUCGUAUAAUAUAGGACCUUGAAGGCCAUAGGCAAGAAUUAGGUUAUCAUUUGAAGAGCAAAAGUGAGCCAAUGAAGGUAUUUUAUUAAGACAGUGGUAUAACUUAAUUGGUGUUAUGAAAACACCUCUCUGGCUGCCAAGUGGGGAAAGGACUAUGAGAGCACACGAAUGGGAGCAAGGACAGCAUGGUGGUGGUGGUAGGGGAUCCUGGUGAGAGAUGAAGGUCAAGUGCUAGUGACUGAGAUGGAAACAAGUGUAUGGACUAGAGACAUUUAGAAGGUAAUAUUGUUAGGGUGUGGUGAUGGAUUGGAGGGGGUACAGAGGGAGAGGAAGGCCUCAAAGGAGAGUCCAAGGUUUCUGGUAACUAGGAUACACUGUCAUCCCACCCUGCCUCAUCACCCAACCUAGGAAAGAAUAUUUAGAUCAUGAGUUUUACUCAAUUCAUCUUGCUUUUGAGAGUAAGUCUUCUAUAUCCCUACUUGGCUUCUAGAAACACUACCCAGCAGUGAGCCCAGAAAUGUUCAAAGACACUAAAUAUAUUUUCAAAGUGCUUUUCAAUUCACUCAGGGAAAGAAGAGGGGAAGGUCUGUUCCUAACCCUUUCACUGUCAGUAUAUUUAACUAAGCCAGGUAACACGGGCUCUCCCCUUGUGAGUGUCAUAGUAUGUCUUUGAAAAGUAGCUAACCUGAUCAUGAAAAUAAAAUUGAGAGACUCAGCCUCUGUGGGAGACUGUUGCUCUCCCAGCCUGCCACAGUAAUUGUUCUGGGAUAUCUCACUUCCCUGCCACAUGGCGCUGUUCCCUUUGAUUUAUUUUCUCUGAUGAAGGGACAUUGAGUGAUCACAGCUCCAGCUUUGUGUCAUCAUGACCGAACUCAAUCAAUCAUAGCUGGGCCAAACAAGCUGCUAGAAGAAAAUGAGUGAGAAUUAUUUUCUGUGCACCUUUGCAACUCUUCAGAUUAUAGUUUAUCAUUCUCAUCUGAGGGAAGGGGAGGGCAGACACCAGAAUAAAACAGUAGUUUAUUGUUGUGAGGAGUGACUGACAGGUAUACCUUGAAGAUGCAGCAAUGGAGGGAAAUAAAUGUGUUCCGUUAGCCAGACAUUGCAAUCUCUGGCAAGGAAAUGCUGUGGGUUCACAUUUUCAGGCCCUGCUUGGCCUCACGGUUUAGAUGGUUGUUGAUCUCCCUGUGUAACAUUUUCCAGGCUCAUGUGAGAAACGUGUACAAAUAAAUCUGAAGAUGAGAAUCAAAGCACUUAGGUAUCAAAAAAUCCAUGAUUCUUGCCUCUGACAAGUAAAAUUUGCUUUCAGGUGAAAUGCUUCACUCACCCUUCACAUUCAGCAAUAUGCUAUGCUCAACUUGCAGCAAGACAUUUUAGAAUUAUUUCUAAAUCUAAGUUUCAAAUAUGCACAAAUACAUAGAAAUUUGCUGUCAGUGAUCUCUCUUCCAUCUGCACCAGACUAAAGGUUCCAAAGACUUUAAAUGUGCAAACUAAAUAUCUCCCACUCAGGGUCAAUGCAUGGGACAACUCCACAUGAUAUUCCCUAUGAGUCCCUGUCCGGGUGCCUACCGGGUAGUGGCAAGGGCUGACCUUCAAAUGCCCUUAGAGUUGUAGAAUGCGGCAGCCUUGUUGCUCAUACCUCCAUGAACCAACCUCAUAUGCUUAUUAAAUACCCCUUUCCCAUCUGCGGCAAGGGUCUGGUACCUUUGGUAGGCCUCCAGCCAUUCUCAGGCUUAUCUGGCUUCAGACUUUCCCCUUCAGCCAAUGGUAUACAUUGCUUAUGACUUGGCUUUUGCUUCGGUUUCUUAAUGUAGUUUGUCUUUCUGGUACUAGAACUCUACCCCAAUCUCUAUGUAGUCUUACAUUUCCUUCUCAGGGGGACUGGAAUCUGUCCCCUGAACCCAUCCUACUCUACCCCCACAUUUGGCUAGAGUCUUGUCUAGCAAAGUAUAGUUUGCCUCACUCUGCUCCAGAAACUCUUGCUAGCAAACUUUUUUUAAAAUUUUCCUGAGACAGGGUCUUGCUCUGUCACCAGGCUGAAGUAGAUGUUGCAGUCAUGGCUCACAGCAUUCUAAAACUCCUGGACUCAAGUGAUCUACCCACAUCAGCCUCCUGAGUAGCUGGAACUAUAGGCACGUGCCUCUGCACCUGGCUGAUGUUUUAAUUUUUUUUUUGCAGAGACAGAGCCUCACUAUGUUGCCCAGUCUGUUCUUGAACUCCUGGUCUCAAGUGAUCCUCUAUCUUGGUCUCCCAAAAUACCAGGAUUCCAGGCAUGAGCCACUGCACCCAGCCAUUGCUGACAAACUUCACCUGUCAGAGUCAAUUCAGAUUAAGCCCAUGCUCAGCCUCCUAAAACGCUGUGACUUGUCCUGCUGCGAUUUGAUACUCAGCAUUGAUCCUACCAUUUUGGGCUUAUUCCCUUCUUCAUGCAGGGUCACUUUUGAGGGUCUAGUGGGCAACACAAAAGACAACACUUUCCCAUUAUAAAUCCACACCAAGUGUGGGCCAGGUUUUAAAUUACUUCAGUUAAGAGCCUCUGACAAUAAAGUUUUAAAUUUAACUCAUGAAACAUGCCAAUAAAUACCACAUUAUUUUUUGUUACAUAUAAAAAACUCAAAAAUAUUUAGAGGAUCAAUUCCCAAGCAUCUUUCAUUAAGCCAGCUGGUGACAUAAACUUUCCUGUCUUGCAUUUUUAUCCUCCUCUUUUCAUCCAAGAUCAUACCAUCAAACCUUUAUGAAUUUGGGCAAAAGAAGGAAGUUAGGUAUGGGAGAUGCAGGCCACAGAGUACCUUCAGGGAUUAUUUUCUUCAUGGUGAUAGGGUGAGAUCUGUCCUUAUCUUCCUAAAGAGACUCAUAAAACUCUGGAUGUAAUGAGUUCUAUUUUGAGAAAUAAACCAAAAAUUGAAAUUUAGAAUUUUUAGUGCUGUACUCCAGUGAUCCAAAGAAAAUAAUGAGUUGCAUAUUUGCAAUUACUGUAAUGUGACUUAGCUACACUAUUGUAAUCUGGACACAGAUUUAAGACAUAAAAUCCCUGUGCUCCCUGGUGGCCUCAGGGGUGACAUCACUUGUUAUGAAAUUGAGAGGGAGUAGUUCAAAUAAUGUAAUGGAAAAAUCCCAAAUGCAAAUGCAGUUGGUUAUGAAUCCAGGAAGAUCACUGUGUUUAUACCCAGAAGACUGACUACAUCUCGUAGGAAUCAGGAGAGUCUUUUGCUGUUACCACAAAACUGUCUGUUGACAAUCCUGUUCCUCCUACUCAUGGAGCCAGAUUUUAGAGGUUAGGAACCAGACCUUAGUGUAAGGGCCCACAGCCACUGCUUUUUUGGCAGAAUGGGAAGUAGGGAGUCUAGGAACAAGGGGUAAAACCCUACUCCUUUUCUCUAAUAAUCUCUCCUUACUCUCAGAAUGAGAGAAUUUGUGCAAGUGUCCAAGAAGUGUUCACAGUAGGCCUGUGAAGUAGGCACAUGUACUGGGGUCACACAGCACAGUAAAACAAGCUCUGCUCUGGCAUCAAACUCCCUGGACUGGGUUUGAACCCCUGACCAUUACUAGAUUCAUGACCCUGGGAAAGUUCUUUAAUCUCCCUGAGUCUGUUUCCUCAUAUGCUACAGUGGGAAUCAAAAUAUCUACCUUGCAAAAAUUAUUGUGAAAAUUGAAGAUAAAUAAUUAUUUUAAUGUUUUCCACAGGGUAGAAAUUCAUAACCGAUAAUAGUUAACUUAUUACUAGUAUUAUCUUCUCCUUACCCUCUCCUAUCACUUUUUCCUGAGAAUUCCUUACAAAUUCUCCAGUGACAACUAAGUACAGAGGGACAUUCUAUCUCUUCUUUUAUCUUUGGGUGGAACUAGGUCUUAAGAGGCAGAAAUAACUUUCACAAUCUCCUCCCAAACUUACCCCAAAAUUCCUCAGCCUGCUGAACAACCCACAAGAGUCUCCUUGGACUCAGAACCUGAACAUGCAGAAGCUGUCUUGCUUCACUCCCCUUUGUGGGGUUCUCCUCCUUAUGCUCAGAGAGCCCCAGAGACUUUCUGCAACUCCACUUUACCACUUAAGAUCAGGCCAUCAGCAUGAAGGAUGGCAUCUGUUCAUAGGAGGCUCAAUCAAUGUUUGUGCCCUGAAUAAAGGUGUAAACCAAAAAUAAAACUCUAAGCCCCUAGACUGACUGAAUGGACCCCCUCUUGGCCACAGGGAUUCCAAAGAAACCUGAAAACUAGUUCAGGUCAUUACAGGAGAGGGCAGGCGGGGAUCAGACAUGCCACAUUAUACUUUCUUUCCAUUGGAGUUCAGGAACACAAUUGACCAGCAUUAACAUUAAAAUAGAGAUCCUAAGACUGACAGAACAGAUUCUCCCUAGCAGUAAGUUACCAAAUUCCAACUUGACUCUAGUAUAGUAUCACAUGACAGAUAGCAGGACCCUGAAGGAAAUCAAAGUAUUUUACUCCACAAUAUAUUUCUUUGACAUAUUUUAAAAUGGCCCUGCAAAGCCUUUUGUAGGAGAGAAUUUGCAUCUGUAAAGCGUCUCUAUUAACAAAACUAGAUCUUUCCCCUUGCAGCCCCCACCCCACCACCAUCACCAAUCCUGAAGAGAUUAACUGAGACUCUAGCACCUUUUAAAGUUCUGAAUAGGAAACAUUCACCAUCUAUUAUCUCUAGGGGCAGCCACCUGUAAGACUUCAUAAGAACCUUGGUCUCUACAAUCCCUUAUCUUACCCCAGACACUUCUUUCUAUUAAUUCCAGGUCUUUAAAUAAUUAUGUAACUCUUUCAACCAAUUGCCAAUCUGAAAAUCUUUAGAUUUACCUAUGACCUAUCACCAUCCCACAGCCUCGGACCCCACUGCCCCUCAAGUUGUUCCACCUUUCUGGACUAAACCAAUGUAUGCCUCCGACCCCACUGCCCCUCAAGUUGUUCCACCUUUCCGGACCAAACCAAUGUAUUUAUUGAUGUCUUAUGCCCCCUAAAAUGUAUAAAAUCAAACUGUAUCCCAAACACAUUGGACACAUGUUCUCAGGACGUCUUGUGACUGUGCCUCUUGCCAUGGUCAUUCAUAUUUGUCUCAGAAUAAAUCUCUUCAAAUAUUUUA